AGUAUUCCUAUUUCCUGGUUUACAAAGAAACGAACACUGCGAGUCAGCAAGCGGAAGCUCUUUCAGUUUUCAGGGUUCUGGGAUUGAUGGCCAAACUACUGUCUACCGUCUGCACCGACGCUCUCGCAUUCCAGAACCCAUCACAGUUCUCUUGUUCUAGAAGCCGGUGGCGCGCGUUAGCGAGGAACAACAGCCCAUGGAUGAGCGUUGGUGGCCGGCGACGAUGCUGCAAGAUCAAGGCUACCAUCAACAGCGACUUCACUUUACAGGAGGAAUUCGCCGAUGAUUACUACACUGUGUUGGGAUUGUUGCCUGAUGCAACGCCAGAGCAGAUUAAGAAAGCUUACUAUGACUGCAUGAAAGCCUGCCAUCCAGACUUGAGUGGCAAUGAUCCAGAGACCACAAAUUUCUGCAUUUUCAUCAAUGAAGUUUAUGCGGUACUCAGUGACCCUGUGCAGCGUAUGGUUUAUGAUGAAAUUCAUGGGUAUGCAUUGAUGGCAAUUAACCCUUUUGUGGAUGAUUCAAGCCCAAAGGAUCAUGCAUUUGUCGAUGAGUUUAGUUGCAUAGGCUGUAAAAAUUGUGCCAAUGUAGCCCCAGAUGUAUUCAAAAUUGAGGAAGAAUACGGUAGAGCCAGAGUCUGUAGCCAGUCUGGAAACCUUGAAUUAGUUCAACAAGCCAUUGAUAGUUGCCCAGUUGAUUGCAUUCAUUGGACCUCUGCUGCACAAUUAUCUCUUCUUGAAGAUGAAAUGCGCAGGGUAGAAAGAGUAAAUGUUGCGUUGAUGCUUUCAGGAAUGGGAACUUCAUCAGCUGACGUUUUCAGAAUGGCAAGCAUCCGUUGGGAAAAGAGGCAAUCAAAAGUAUUGGAAAAGGCAAAAUUGAGAAUGAUGAAGCAAAAGGAUUCUGAUAAAACUGGAUCUUACUGGAGUGACCUUUGGGGAAACCCAAAAGACUACCAAAAUACAGAGGACCUGGAAGAGAGAGCAAAGAGAGCUGCUGCUGCUUCUCGAAGAUGGAGGGAGUACUCAAGGAAGGGUGCUGAUAGACCUCCCAGAUUCAAACUUCCUGAGGCAAUUUCUAACCACAAGGAAUGAUAAGCUAAUCUCGGUCACAUAUAUUUGUUCCGAGUCAGCACAUAAUUGAUUCUGUAAAGCUAAUUAUUUGUAUUAUUUUAUAAUCCAUUUAAACCGAUAGCCAUUCUUAUGACUGGAAAACAUUCUUAAUUAGGUUAAAUAAAUUGCAAAAGCAGUAUUGAAGUA